UCUUUGCGCGCGCUGUUCAGUUGGCCUCUGGUGCUCCACGGGAGCGUGCGUCACAGCUUGUAGUGAGAGAGCGACGGUACGCAAUACUACCACAACAGUGGUUUGAAAAUACAGCCGUUUUUGGCGGAUUCUGAAUUCGAGCAGUGUUGCUGAAUUCAUUGGAGAGAAGGGAUGGCGUUCCCUGUGGAUAUCCUAACCACAGUGGACUAUGAAUCCCUGGAGCAGAGUUCGAAGGACUACAUGUCCAAACUCCUUUAUCGAAAGGCAGAUUCACCUGAAUACCUUCAACUGUCCGAUUCCAAAAAGGUUGAAAUAGGUCUCUGCAAUGUGAGUUUUGUUCCUAUCCAUGGAACUGAUGUAACACACAAAAUCCUUGCUCUGUUCACACUUGAAGACCCAUUCACAGCUGUGGGCCUGUACCUUCAGGAGAAGUGGUGGCCUGUGGAGGAUGUCCUGAAAACCUCAGAUGCUGACCGUGAAGGGAUCCUUGAGGUUCGAACGCUUGGAGAGAGGGUGGUCCUCUAUGUUCUCAACCGAAUAGUCUACAGAGCAACAGAGAAAAGCAAGAAUGAGGUGCCAUUCCUCUGUCACAGUGAGGAUGACUUUGCCAAAAUUCUUUGGAAAAACGGAGAGGCCAUUGGCUUCUACUCAGUCAAGCCAGAGGGCAGUUUAUGUAACAGCUUCCUGACCCAGCGUUAUCAGCUUCCUGUCUUGGAUUCCAUGUUUGUGCGAAAAUGCCAUCGUGGUAAUGGCCAUGGGCUUCAGAUUCUGGAAGACUUUGUGGACUCCUUCAAGAGUGAUUGCUUAGGCAUCAAAUAUCCCCUUUCAGACGCAAUGUAUAAAGUUUGUGGCAAAUAUCUCAGCACUUACCCAGCAGACACAGAGUUGUUGUGGGAAGUGGAGAACUUCGGAAGCCCUUUUCAGAGAACUCGGAUCUCCAAUAAGGUCCUUGACAGGAGUCUUAGGGAGCAGGCCGAUGUUAGCCAUGAUGUCUCCAUGGAGAAGGCAAUGACAACCAUGCAGGAGACCAUGGAAUACACUGUAGAGGUUGUGGAAAAGGUUGUGCAGAUUGACAGACAUGUUUGCUCAUGCAAAGAUGUGGAAGAAACACCUGUGGUGGCACACAGCAGGAGCAGCAAGCUAAGACGCAAAAGGCUGAGAGAAGAGGGCAGUGAGGCAACGGAGGAAAACGUCUCAGAGAAAAUCAUAAGGGUUGAAAAAAUUAAAGCGGGAACUGACACUCCAGUCGAAGAGCCAGUGGUUGAAGAUCAGCCUAAAGACCAAGAUGAUGAGGUUUUGGAUGCUGAGUCUUCUGUGAUGGAGACAAAACUGGACACCGAAGACAAUGAGGUAAUAAAGGCUUCAGAUGUAACCACCAAAGUGAUCGACAAAGAUGGUGAUGAGGUCAUUGAGUCUUCAAUGGAACUUGCAGAGCAGCCGAAGGACUUGCCAGAACAAGUGUCAGCUGUAGAUGUAGAGGAUGUGCAGAUGGAAGAUGAGGGUGAAGACAGGUCGCAGGUAGUUACCACUCUCACAGCAGAGGCGUUAGAGCCCUCCGUUGAUUUACCACAAACGGAAGAAGACGAAACGCCAAAAGAGAAAACUGAUGCUGGCUUAACCACACCAACAACUGGUGAAAAUGUUGAAGAUGUGUAUGAUCAACAGAGCUCACAAGAUGAAAUAGGAACAACAACGCAAGAGUCCUCAGCUCAUGAAAUGGGAACUGAUGAAGCAGAAGGAAGCCCAACAGUUGAAAAACGAGUCCUUAGGAGGAGAACAGCAGCAAGCCGAGAAACAUCCCGGCGCAAAUCUCAAAGGGUAAGCAAAUCAGCAGUGGCAGAAAGCAAAGCAGCUCCCCCUGCUGAGGAAACAAAAGAACAGAAGAAAGAGGAGAAGGAGACUGCUGAGGAAAGCUCGGGGGAUGAAGCUCCUCAGAGAGUCCUCAGAGGAAGAACAGCAGUAGUCAAGGCCACACCCAAACGCAAGUCCAACAGAAGAAGCAGGAAAGUGGCCCAGACCAGCAGCCAACAAACAACUGAGGGAGAAGAAGAAGCUGAGAAAGCAGCAGAAGAUGAUCAAAUCAAAGCAGAUGAUGUUGAGGUGCAGCCGGAAAUCGCUACUCUUGUUGAAGAAAAGGACACUGCAGAAGAACCUUCUCAACCCAGUGAUGCACCUGAAGCGUCAAAGGAAAUCCCUACACAGAACACAGAGUCACAGAGUCAAGAGACAGAAAAGGAGUUUACUGAAGACAAAGAUGAUUCGCAAGAGGAUUCGCAAGUCUCUCAGGAUGAGAAUGAAGCUCCACAGACCUCUCAGAGAGUCCUCAGAGGUAGAACUGCAGCAGUCAAGGCCACUCCUAAACGCAAAUCCAACAGAAGAAGCAGGAAAGUGGCCCAAACCGACAGCCAACAAACAACUGAGGGAGAGGAAGAAGCUGAGAAAGCAGAAGAUGAUCAACAAGUCAAAGCAGAUGAUGUUGAAAUGCAGACUGAAUCUACAACUGUUGUAGAGGAAAAAGACACCACAGAAGAACCUUCUAAUGCUGCAGUAGAUCAGACGGAGGAAAAAGAGGCAGUGUCUGAAGAGUCUCCAGUUGUUGCAGCGAAUGAAGAUACUGCCAAAGAUGAGGAAAGUCAAGAAAUGCAGUCUCAUGAAGAGGCCCAAGAAACUGAAACCACUGAAAAGCAGAUUGAAGACUCAACUACAGACACAGUUCCAGAAGCAACGGAGCAAGAUACUAAUGAAAAGGUGGACAAACCAGAAGAACAAUCAGUAGAGGAGGCAGAGAGUAACGAAAAAACAGCUGUUGAUGAACCAAUGGAAGAAGCUGUAGCUGUGGAGGAAAAGGAACCUGAAAAUAUAGUGACUACAGAAGAACUUCCCGUUGAACAAGAGCAUACAGUAGAGACGGGAGUGAAACUACAGAAAGCAAGUGUUGUCUUAGUUGAUGUAAAUAAAGUGUCAUCCGAGCCCGAAGUUGAGGCAGAAGGUUCAUUAGCUGAUGACGAAGAUGCAUCUGGUAAACCAGACAAAGAGGCUGAAGAUUCUCAAGUCUCUCAGGAUGAAGAUUCCCAAGUGUCUCAAGAUGAAACGGAAGGAAAGGAGUCAUCAGGUCAUGAUAAGGACACAGAUGAACCAGAGGAAACCCCAAUGGUUGAAAAGAGAGUUCUAAGGGGAAGAACGGCAGUGUCCAAAGCAACACCCAAACGCAAAUCUCAAAGGGUCAGCAAGAAAGCCGUGGAAGAAAGCACAGCACCACCACCCUCUGAGGAAGCUGAACCAGCAAAUGAACAGAAAGAGACUGCUGAGGAAAGCUCAGAGGAUGACGCUCCACAGACCGCUCAGAGAGUCCUCAGAGGUAGAACUGCAGCAGUCAAGGCCACUCCUAAACGCAAGUCCAAAAGAAGAAGCAGGAAAGUGGCCCAAACCGACAGCCAACAAACAACUGAGGGAGAGGAAGAAGCUGAGAAAGCAGCUGAUGAUGUUGAAAUGCAGACAGAAUCUACAACUGUUGUUGAGGAAAUGCAGACAGAAUCUACAACUGUUGUAGAGGAAAAAGACACCACAGAAGAGCCUACUAAUGCACCUGAAGCUUCAGAGGAAAUGCCUGCUGUAGAUCAGACGGAGGAAAAACAGGUAGUGUCUGAAGUGUCUCCAGUUGUUGCAGCGGACGAAGAGACUGCAAAAGAUGAAGGAAAUCAAGAAAUGCAGUCUGAUGAAGCAGCAAAAGAAACUGAAACCACAGAAAAAGAGAUUGAAGAGACAACCACAGACACAGUUCCAGAAGCAAUGGAGCAAGAUACUAAUGAAAAUGUGGACAAACCAGAAGAAGUAAUAACAGUGGAGGAGGCGGAGGGUGGUGAAAAAACAGAUGCAGAUGAACAGAUGGAAGAAGCUGUAGCUAUGGAAGGAAAGGAAUCUGAAAAUCAAGUGACAACAGAAGAACCUACAGUUGAAGAGCAGACAAUAGAGACAAGUGUGAAACUGCAGAAAGCAACUGUUGUCUUAGUUGAUGUAAAUAAAGUGACCUCCGAGCCCGAAGUUGACGCAGAAGGUCCAUUAGCUGAUGACGAAGAUGUAUCUGGUGAACCAGACAAAGAGGCUGAAGAUUCUCAAGUCUCUCAGGAUGAAGAUUCCCAAGUGUCUCAAGAUGAAACAGAAGGAAAGGAGUCAUCAGGUCAUGAGAAGGACACAGAUGAACCAGAGGAAACCCCAUCGGUUGAAAAGAGAGUUCUAAGGGGAAGAACGGCAGUGUCCAAAGCAACACCCAAACGCAAAUCUCAAAGGGUCAGCAAGAAAGCCGUGGAAGAAAGCACAGCACCACCACCCUCUGAGGAAGCUGAACCAGCAGAAGAACAGAAAGAGACUGCUGUGGAAAGCUCAGAGGAUGACGCUCCACAGACCUCUCAGAGAGUCCUCAGAGGUAGAACUGCAGCAGUCAAGGCCACUCCUAAACGCAAAUCCAAAAGAAGAAGCAGGAAAGUGGCCCAAACCGACAGCCAACAAACAACUGAGGGAGAGGAAGAAGCUGAGAAAGCAGAUGAUGAUCAACAAGUCAAAGCAGCUGAUGAUGUUGAAAUGCAGACAGAAUCUACAACUGUUGUUGAGGAAAUGCAGAUUGAAUCUACAACUGUUGUAGAGGAAAAAGACACCACAGAAGAGCCUACUAAUGCACCUGAAGCAUCAGAGCCUGCAGUAGAUCAGACAGAGGAAAAAGAGGCAGUGUCUGAAGAGUCUCCAGUUGUUGCAGUGGACGAAGAGACUGCAAAAGUUGAGGAAGCUCAAGAAAUGCAGUCUGAUGAAGCAGCCCAAGAAACUGAAACCACAGAAAAACAGAUUGAAGACAUAACCACAGACAUAGUUCCAGAAGCAACGGAGCAAGAUACUAAUGCAAAUGUGGACAAACCAGAAGAAGUAAUAACAGUGGAGGAGGCGGAGGGUGGUGAAAAAACAGAUGCAGAUGAACAGAUGGAACAAACAGUAGAUGUGGAGGAAAAGGAAUCUGAAAAUCAAGUGACAACAGAAGAAUCUCCAGUUGAAGAAGAGCAGACAAUAAAGAUAGGAGUGAAACUGCAGAAAGCAACUGUUGUCUUAGUUGAUGUAAAUAAAGUGGCCUCCCACCCUGAAAUUGAGGCAGAAGGUUCAUUAGCUGAUGACAAAGAUGUAUCUGGUAAACCAGACAAAGAGGCUGAGGAUUCUCAAGUCUCUCAGGAUGAAGAUUCCCAAGUGUCUCAAGAUGAAACAGAAGGAAAGGAGUCAUCAGGUCAUGAUAAGGACACAGAUGAACCAGAGGAAAACCCAACGGUUGAAAAGAGAGUUCAAAGGGGAAGAACGGCAGUGUCCAAAGCAACACCCAAACGCAAAUCUCAAAGGGUCAGCAAGAAAGCCGUGGAGGAAAGCACAGCAUCACCACCAUUAGAGGAAGCUGAACCAGCAGAAGAACAGAAAGAGACUGCUGUGGAAAGCUCAGAGGAUGACGCUCCACAGACCUCUCAGAGAGUCCUCAGAGGUAGAACUGCAGCAGUCAAGGCCACUCCUAAACGCAAGUCCAACAGAAGAAGUAGGAAAGUGGCCCAAACCGACAGCCAACAAACAACUGAGGGAGAGGAAGAAGCUGAGAAAGCAGAAGAUGAUCAACAAGUCAAAGCAGAUGAUGAUGUUGAAAUGCAGACUGAAUCUACAACUGUUGUUGAGGAAAAAGACACCACAGAAGAACCUUCUACUGCACCUGAAGCAUCAGAUGAAAUGCCUGCUGUAGAUCAGAUGGAGGAAAAAGAGACCGUGUCUGAGAUUGCAAAAGAUGAGGAAAGUCAAGAAAUGCAGUCUGAUACAACAGCCAAAGAAUCCGAAACGACAGAAAAACAGAUUGAAGACUUGACUACAGACACCGUUCCAGAAGCAAUGGAGCAAGAUGCUAAUGAAAAUGUGGAAAAAUUGGAGAAAGAAAUAACAGUAGAGGAGGCGGAGAGUGGUGAAAAAACAGAUGCAGUUGAACAGAUGGAAAAGGAAGCUGAACCAGCAGAAGAAAAGAAGACUGCUGAGGAGAACUCAGAGGAUGAAGCUCCACAGACAUCUCAAAGAGUCCUCAGAGGAAGAGCAACAGCAGUCAAGGCCACUCCCAAACGCAAAUCCAACAGAAGGAGCAGGAAGAAAGUGGCCCAAACUGACAGCCAACAAACAACCGAGGGAGAGGAAGAAGCUGACAAAGCAGAAGAACCUACUCAACCCAGUGAUGCACCUGAAGCUUCAGAGGAAAUCCCUCCACAGGACGUUUCUGAGUCAGAGAGUCAAGUGGAAUUGCCUGAAGAUAAAAAUGAAACUGCACCUGCAAUAGAUGAGCCUGAGCGUAAAGAAGCAAUGUCUGAAGAGGCUCCAGCUGUUGCAGGGGACGAAGCUCAAAGUUCAGAAAUGCCACCUGAUGAUGCAGCCAAAGAAACUGAAGCCAAAUUGGAUGCAGAACCUCAGAUUGAAGACAUAACCACAGACACAGUUCCAGAAGCAAUGGGGCAAGACGGUAAUGAAAAUGUGGACACACCAGAUGAAGAUAAAACCAUAGCGGAGGUAGAGAGUGGUGACAAAACAGAUGCAGAUGAACAGAUGGAAGAAGCCGUACCUGUGGAGGAAAAGCAAUCUGAGAAUCAAACCACAACAGAGGAAGCUCCAGUUAACGAAGACCAGACAACCGACAAAGAUGCAUCUAGUGAGCAGGACAAAGAGGCUGAGGAUUCUCAAGCCUCUCAGGAUGAAGGUUCUCAAGCCUCUCAAGAUGAAACCGAAGGAAAGGAGUCAUCAGAUCACGGUAUGGAGACAGAUGAACCAGAGGAAACCCCAAUAGUUGAAAAGAGAGUUCUAAGGGGAAGAACGGCAGUGUCCAAAGCAACACCCAAACGCAAAUCUCAAAGGGUCAGCAAGAAAGCUGUGGAAGAAGCUGAACCAGCAGAAGAACAGAAAGAGACUGCUGAGGAAAGCUCAGAGGAUGAAGCUCCACAGACCUCUCAGAGAGUCCUCAGAGGUAGAACUGCAGCAGUCAAGGCCACUCCUAAACGCAAGUCCAACAGAAGAAGCAGGAAAGUGACCCAGACCGACAGCCAACAAACAACUGAGGGAGAGGAAGAAGCUGAGAAAGCAGAUGAUCAACAAGUCAAAGCAGAUGAUAAUCUUGAAAUGCAAACUGAAUCUACAACUGUUGUAGAGGAAAAAGACACCACAGAAGAGCCUACUAAUGCAACUGAAGCAUCAGAGCCUGCAGUAGAUCAGACAGAGGAAAAAGAGGCAGUGUCUGAAGAGUCUCCAGUUGUUGCAGUGGACGAAGAGACUGCGAAAGAUGAGGAAAGUCAAGAAAUGCAGUCUGAUGAAGCAGCCCAAGAAACUGAAACCACAGAAAAACAGAUUGAAGCCAUAACCACAGACACAGUUCCAGAAACAGUGGAGCAAGAUGCUAAUGAAAAUGUGGAACAUUUGGAAGAAGAAAAAACAGUAGAGGAGGCAGAGAGUGGUGAAAAAACAGAUGCAGUUGAACAGAUGGAAAAGGAAGCUGAACCAGCAGAAGAAAAAGAGACUGCUGAGGAGAACUCAGAGGAUGAAGCUCCACAGACAUCUCAAAGGGUCCUCAGAGGAAGAGCAACAGCAGUCAAGGCCACUCCCAAACGCAAAUCAAACAGAAGAAGCAGGAAAGUGGCUCAAACCGACAGCCAACAAACAACUGAUGGAGAGGAGGAAGCUGACAAGGAGGCUGAAAGUCAAGAAGCUAAAGCUGAUGAAAAUAUUGACAUAGAGCCUGAAACUGUUACCCAGGUUGAGGAAAAGGCCGUAGCUGAAAACGCAGAAGAAAAGGAGGAAGUGGUAAAAGGGACAGUUGAGACUUCGGAAGAUGAAGCUCCACAGACCUCUCAAAGAACCCUCAGAGGCAGAACUAAAGCUGUGAAAGCCACUCCAAAACGCAAGUCCAGCAGAAGAAGCAGAAGAAAAGUCGACUAUACAGAAGAAGAACCAGAGGAGGAGGAUGAAAUGGAACAGCUACCAGCAAAUGAACAGAGUGGUGAAUCCACCGUACCUACAGUGGCAGAUGACACUGAUACAGUUGAGGAAGAUAAAGGGGACCAAGAAGAAGCAGCAAAUGAAGAGCAGAGUAUUCAGGAAGAUAUUGCAGAUAAGAGUAUGGUGUUAGAAAUUUCUUCAGAUGAAAACACCGGAGACAAUGAGACACCAGGAGAGGCUAUAGAUGUUGAUGCCCCCAUUACUGAACAGCAAAUUCAAGAGGGAGACACAGACGCCGUUUCUGAAAGUGUCGACAAAGAGGAUGUAGAAAAGCCAAUGGAGGAUGAGGGGGAGAGCACUGAACAGCUUGGUGACACACCAGGUAAAGAAGAUCCUGCAGUGACAGACGAAAUUGACAUGGCAGCAGAUGAAGUUACCGCAGAAGAACCCUCUCCUGAGAAGGAAGAUCUUUCAGCCCAGACUGUAGAGGACAAAGACACAGCUGGUGACACUGAUAACACUGUUCCUCAAACAGAAAAACAGGAUGAGGAGGCUGUCUCUCAGGACGAGGAUUCUCAAGUCUCUCAGGAUGAGGAUUCUCAAGUCUCUCAGGAUGAAACGGAAGUAAAGGAGUCAUCAGAUCAUGAUAUUGAGGCAGAUGAACCAGAAGAGACGUCAGCAACUGAAACAAGAGUCUUGAGAGGUAGAACAAAAGCAGUGAAGGCCACUCCCAAACGCAAGUCCUCCCGAAGAGGCAGAAGAAGUACACGCAGAACCAAGGCUCAGGAAUCUGAAGAUGAGGCUGAAGAGCCUGAAAAGGUUGAGUCUCCAACACCUGUGGAACAGUCCGAAGAUCAGGCGCCAACUCCAGCAGUAGAGGAAGAAGGUGCCGCAGAGAUUCAGGCCACACAAGAAGAAGAGAAACUGACUGAGGAGGAACAGAGCACCGAAGCCACUGAACAUGUGGAAGAGACCGUGGCUGAAGAAGCUUGUGCUGAUGAAAAUGCACCAGAAGAGGCCAGCGCAGGUGAAGCUAAUCUUGAUCAACAACAAAAGUCAGCAGCAGCUGAUGAGGAGCAAGCAGAAGAUUUGCUUACUGAGAAUGUUGAGACCAACAGUGAUGGUGACCAGGCAGAAGUGGCAGCAGAGGUGGUUGCAGAUGGCGAAUUGAAAACAGACACGAAUGAUAUUACAGAGGAAAAAGCGGAACAGGAGGCAGUGGCUGAAGCUGAGACCUCUCCUGAAGGGAAGAGCGAAAUGGCACCAAUCAGCUCCGACCCAGAAGACGACACCACAAAGACCCAGAAAGCAAAACCAAAAAGAAAACGAAGAGCAGCUAGGUCAACACGGCGACAGUCAAAACGUGUCCGAAAACAGGAGGAAGAUGAGCCAGAGGAAGAAGAGCCAGAGGAAGAAGAGCCAGAGGAAAAGGACGAUGUUCUCAACAAAAGCAUAGAAUCUGACACACCCAUACCAGAAGAACCUGUUACACAAGACGUGGAAGAAGAAAGAUCUGAGCAGAUGGCUCAUUCCACAAAAGAGUCAGACCAAGCAGAGGAACCUCAGGAUAAUUGUGAGGCACAAGAGCAAGAAGUCACGGAGGAAGCCAGCAGUCUCAAUGAAGAAAAAGUAGAUGAAGAUGAACUUCCUCCAGUAGUCGAAACAACAACUGAUGCUGAAGUGCAAAAUGAGGGACACGGAGAUGAAAAGGGAAAAGAUGAUGCCACAGAGGAAGAAGAGAAUUCGGAUGCAGAACCCAGCUCAGAGAAAGAGAAUGAACAGGAAACGACAGAAACACCUGCUGAGGAAGCAGCUGAAGAGGCAGGAGUAGAACAAGCUGAAGCCAGUGCAGUAGAGAACAGUGAGGCCAAUACAGAGAGCGUAGAGACCGAAGGGGACGAACAGAUCAGCAACAAUACUCCAGACACGAAAGAGGCUGCAGUGGAGGAAGAGAUGGCUGAGGAAGAUGACAGUUCUGAGGAGGAGGAUGUGCUUGAACUGAGAGGCAGGUCAGUCAUCCAAACACCAGCCAAGCACUCCAAGAAAAGGGCCGUAGAAAAAGAGACCAAUGUGGCAAAAACAACAGAUAAAAGUACUGGGGAAGAUGACAGUUCUGAGGAGGAGGAUGUGAUUGAACUGAGAGGCAGGUCAGUCAUCCAAUCACCAGCCAAACACUCCAAGAAAAGGGCCAUAGAAAAAGAUUUAGAUGUGGAGACGCCGGCAGGCAAAAGUACUAGGGAAAAGGCUCAGGGGAAAAAGAGGGCAAAGGUUGAGGUUGAUGUUACACCUGUGCGGCGAUCUUCCCGCAAAAAGUAAAACGCAAUUUACUUUUUUUUUUAAUGCUGUUAACUUAAUGGGACCAUAAUGUGUACUAGAAUUAGAUGUGCACAACAACAUACAUUGUAUAAAAGUGGAAAUGCAAAAAGUUGGUUUUGUAAUUUUAUUUUUGUAUGAAAUUACAAGCUUUUUCAGUAAUCUAUUAGUGCGACCCAGUGUAUAAUAAGAGGAAGAUGAAAAUAUCUGGCUGUAUUUACAGGGCUUUUAGGACUGUUUUGGUCCAUCUUAUUUGUUAUCGACACAUUUACAUGAAAUUUUACAUCACAAUGGAAGACGUUGAGAUAAAAAUCAGUUUAUAUACCAUAUAUUUUGACAAAAAGGAAAAGAUAACCAAAUGAAAUCAGGUUAAAUUAUGUUUUCUCAAGUUCUUUUUUCUUUUUUUGUAUUUUGUACAUCAUUGCAGUGUGAGCUGAAUGUAUCUGUUGUAAUCCGGCAAGCAUUCAGAAAAUGUUGUUUCCAAAGCACUGUCUUUCUGUUGAAAAUAUCACGACUUAAAGAUUUCUCCACCAGCCAUCAUCGGCACAAAUAGUAAGGACUCAACUGUUUUUAUUCUCAUUAUCAUGAUUGCAUUUUAGCCGUUUCAUUUCUGACAUUUAAAUCGUGCUUAGAAUUAUUUGCUGUCAAAACGUAGACCUUUUGACAGACCGAUGAAAUGUUUUUGUUUUCUCAUUUUUCUCAGACCAUACAUUUCCUCAGUGUAGCACUCAUUUUGAUUCUAACAGUGUAUUAUUGAGCACCGUACAUUGCAGAAACAUGCACACCACAGUGCAGAAUUUAAAUUCUGGAAAUAUCCUUGUGCAGAUGAAUUGAAUCAAGAAUUAGCAUGGGAAUUGUGACAUGAUUACUUUAGAUAGCUUGUCAGGUUUCUUUUGAGUAUGGGAUUUGUUAAAUCAGUUGGAAAAUCCAAGAUGCAGUUACUUGAAAAAAUAUGUUUUAUUGUCAGACAGGGAAAAGACUAAGAAGUGUCAGAGUUAAAUGGAUUUUAUGCCGACUGUAAACUAAGUUAUGGAAUAAACAUUUUAUAUAUACUGAUAGGCAUUACAGUCUUAAGUGUGGUAGUAGAAGCUGUUUAAAAUGGGCCUUCUUUACAACCGAGGCUAGAAAUGUCUGAUCCAAUUUAUUUUCACAAGGAUGUGUGAGCCUUCUAUGAAAUGGUUGACAUGUCAAAGUCCAUUAUAUGUUGCAUUAUUGUCUUUUGUCACCAGUUAUUCCAUGUAAUGACAAUGUUAAUGGUGUAUGUUGGUUUGUUUUUUUUAAACUGCCUGUUUUAUAGAAACAGGAUAUUCUUUAGUACUUACCUUUUCUAUCACUUUGCCUACCUCUUUUCCCCUAGAAAGGUUUUCAGUAAAAUUGAUAAAUCCGUUAGACAGAUAUAUAGGCAAUUUAAAAGAAAGCAACAUGCUGAAUUGAUGCACCGAUGUUUGUAAAUGGUUAUCUAAAAUAAAAUAACAUCAUGAUGACAGUUCAAAAACAAUUUCAGAACAACAAACACAAGGCCAUCCAUGUAGCAUGUUGCAAGUUUUUUAAGUUGGUUCUGUGAUCUCUUUCACAGUUUUCAAUCACUAGUGUAUUCACUCCCAGAUUGCACUCUAAAAGUACACUUCACUCACACACAAGGGAAUUGUGAGCCUGUUUAUGAACCCCCACCCCCACUAAAUACCCAUCUCUUAAGUGCCAUUUUAAAAGGAUGAAAGAUUAGCCAUACUGUGACUGUACCACUGAAAACUAGCAGUGGCACUACUGAUGUUAAUUUCCUUUUUUCUGUGCUGAGCAUAUGUGUGUUAUUAUUAAUAAAGUUUUUCCCUGGAAUGUG